GGCUGGACCUGCUUCCUGCCCUUCACGCCUCUCGGACCGAGCCCGCAUGGCCCUCCGCAUGCUGCCGUCCGAGCUGGGCCUGCCGUUGCCUCGGCAACAACAGCCGCAUAGAAGCUGGCGUGGCUCCGUUCAGCAGCUCGGCCUCAUUAUGCUGCUGCUGGCUUUGAUGUGGUUUGUGAGGCUCUACCUGCAUUACUGCAGCCAGUGGCUCUACCUCCAGGCCAUUGCAGUUCCUGUCAACAAAUUCCAGUUCCACGCACACACGGUGGACCUGCUGUACCAGGGUUCUCUGCUCCACACCCGGGAGGAGCUGGCGAUGGUGGUGGUGGGUCCCCUGACCUUGAACGCGGUAACGUUCCUGCUGGUUCUGAUCAGAUGGGGCUGUCAACAGAUAUUUGGCUCACUCCCUUCCUUCACGUCAAAGUUUAUCAUGGCUCAGGGAGUGUGGACAGUCCUCGACCCCCUGGCAGUCUUUGCAGUGGACGCCGUCCUCGGGCGUCUCGCCUACAGCCCGGACACGCCAGUGGGCGACGCAGCCAAGUUGUACUGGCACUUCUACCGAGCUGACCAAUCAGGUGCAGCGGGAGUAAUCAUCACCGUCUUCCUGUAUGCUGUCCUUUUCCUGCUUUCUGUCACCAUCUUGUACAUUUACCUGCUCAGAUUCCACAACAAUGGCCGCAUGCUGGACGUCUUUCAGCGGCUCACAGCCAAGGAGGGGACAUACUUCCUGCCUGAAGACCUGGAGCUGUCCAAUCAGGAGCUGAGCUACAUUGUGAAGAAAGCAGAACAGUGGAGAGGCUUCAAUGGGGAGAGGCGUAAGGUGGCAGUCCAUGACUAUCUCUGGUCAGUGGAGGAACCCUCUGCUGGUCCUGCAGCCCCGAGUGAGUCUCCAGGAGAGGGUACACGCCAACCUGAGGGAGAAACCAGCACGCAUGUGGCAGUGUUUACUCUAUACCUGAGCGGAAGGAAACAGAAAUACAGACAGUUCCUCAGGCAACCGGACGGGGCGAUCACUGAGGUGAUUGGAGACAUGGAGGGGUUGGACAGUGCAGCCAGGACGGUGCCCUGUGAGGGUCAAAGCUCUGCUGAUCAGAGAGAAGACAAGGACGCUGCAUGUGCUCCACAGCAGCUGCGUAAACGCCGUAAACUAUUUGGGCGGUUCCAUCGUGUGGAGCCAGGAGGAGGAAGUGGGUGUGGCUCCAGUUUUGCACUGCAGGACCUCAACCAGUGAUAUCAAAGCAAAGCUGGAUGAGUCAUCUUAUCAACAGUCUCUCUGUUUUGAGGCCAAUCGUCGGCAGGAGCCAUAUCACUGCUGUCCAG